AAAUUUGUCGAACGGUUUGGCGUUGUUGGGUUUUAUCUUGAAGGUGACGAGUGCUGCGUGUGCUGUUACGUUUGGGGAACUUGACGCGUGCUGGGCAUGUACGCGCUGUCCAGUUAAAUGGCUCUUUAUGACGUCAGCAAGGAGAAGGUUUUGUCAGCGUAGAAUUAAAGGGCAUCGAAACACCACAGAGAUGCUUGGAGCGCUCCUUGCUGCCCCGUAACGUCGACAUUUGCCAAAGAAAAGGCAGCAUCACUUCCACGAUGCUGGGAAACAGAAAGAAAGGAAGCGGGGCUCCGGGCGGAAAGGUCAUCGAUGUUCUCAAGAAUCUAGGCAUGCAGGAUGAUGAAGAUGUCAAGCAGAUGCUGCAGGGUUCCAGGAUGGUGAAGGUCCGAUCACGGCGCUGGCAGAAGGUGCGAACUCUGAGGCUCCGGGACGAUGGUUCCACUAUCUGGUGUCAGUCCUUCAAGUACUUCAGUCGAUGCCGGCAAACACCAUCCUUCUCCGUAACUGAGGUGGAGUGCGUACGUCAGGGCUUUCACUCAGAGACGUUACGGAAGAUGGUUGCUGGAAUACCUGAAGAUCUCUGCUUGACGGUGGUCUUCAAAGGCUCCCGAAGGAACUUGGAUCUUCUCUGCCGGAACAAGGAGGAGGCUCUUCAUUGGGCCCGAGGCAUCCAAACGCUGCUGGACAGGAGUGAGAACAUGACCCAGAUAGAAAAACUUGAUCAUUGGAUCCUUGCUUACCUGAAGCAGGCUGAUGUGAAUCAGGACGAUAGUAUGAGCUACUCUGAAGUGCAGACGUUGCUACAGAUGAUCAAUAUCGACUUGAGUGACCAGUACGCCCGUGCACUCUUCGAGAAAUGCGAUCACUCGGGCAACAGUCGGCUGGACCACGGUGAAAUCGAGAUUUUCUGCAAAGAGUUGUUGCGGAGGCCUGAGCUGGAUGCUCUGUUUCGCCUCUACUCGUCCGAUGGCUGCGUCCUCUCAUUUGCGGAUGUGAAGAAGUUCCUUAAAGACCAGGAGGAGGACGCUGCAGACACACACGCCCAAAGCCUGAUCCUCAGCUACGAAUUCAAUGAAUGGGCUCAGAAGAGCCAGUUUAUGACACCGAACGGCUUCACCAUGUACAUGCUGUCCAAGGAGAACUCUGCAUUUGAUCCGGAUCACGCUUGGGUUUAUCAAAACAUGAAUCGGCCCCUGGCGCACUACUUCAUCUCCUCGUCUCACAACACCUACCUGUCUGGGGAUCAGCUGGUUGGGGAGAGUGGCGUGGAGCCGUAUAUCCGAGCCUUGAACAGCGGCUGUCGCUGUGUGGAGUUGGACUGUUGGGAUGGAGAUAAAGGACAACCGGUCAUCUACCACGGAUACACACUGACCACUAAAGUGUCAUUCGCCGAAGUCAUUCAGACAAUUAACGAGUAUGCGUUUAAGGCAUCACCAUACCCGGUCAUCCUCUCCCUGGAGAACCACUGCUCGGUGGAGCAGCAAAAUGUGAUGGCUCAGCACCUGCGAUCCAUCCUGGGGGACAAACUCCUCACCAAGCCCAUCAGUAGCCUUCAGUCCAACGUCCUGCCUUCACCAGAGGACCUGAAGGGUAAAAUCCUGAUAAAGGGGAAGAAAGAGAAAACAGCGGAGGAAGGCCCGGCCAGUUCCAGCUCCUCAGACGAGGAGAGCAGCCAGGCUGAUGGCAAAGCCAAGAAAAAGAAAGAAAAGAAGAAGUCAGGUGCAGCUAAGGUGAGUCGAGGGCUGUCGGACUUGGUCGUGUACGCCCGCAGCGUGCACUUUAAGAACUUUGAAGCCGCCGCCUUAACCCCAGCGAGCCACAUGUCCUCCUUCGCCGAAAGUCGAGCUCUGGGGUACCUCAACGACUCAGCGAUCCAAUUUGUGCGUCACAAUACCAAUCAUCUCAGCAGAAUAUACCCUGCAGGCCAACGGGUACAAUCUUCCAACUUUAACCCUCAGACUAUGUGGAACGGAGGUUGCCAGAUAGUGGCUCUCAAUUUCCAAACACCCGGAGAACCGAUGGAUCUCAACCGAGGCAGGUUCCUGCAGAACGGUCAGUGCGGAUACGUUUUGAAACCUGCUUUCAUGUGUCAGAAGGACAGCACCUUCAACCCGGGAAAUGUCGGUGGAGGUCCCGGCCACUCGCCCGUCAAGCUCACGGUUAAGAUUAUUUCAGCACAGCAGUUACCCAAACAACAGAAGAAGCCAACAUCCAUCGUGGAUCCUCAGGUUGCCGUUGAGAUCCACGGCGUCGCUAUCGACAACAACAAGAAGAAAACGCAUCACAUCCAGAACAACGGAUUCAACCCACAGUGGGACUGCACCUUUAAUUUUACCAUCCACGCUCCUGAACUGGCUAUGGUUCGCUUCGUGGUGGAAGAUCAUGACUACACUUCGUCCAAUGAGUUCCUGGGACAGUACAGCCUGCCUUUCAAAAGCCUGCGUGCAGGUUACCGUCACGUGCCACUGAUGAAGCUGGAUGGCUCCAGCCUUUCACCCUCCACGCUCUUCAUCCAUACCAAGAUACGGGAUAAGUAGGCGUCAUAAAGGACCAGUCGGGAACAUCACCGAGUCCACUUGGUAGCUUUUACAUCCGACCUGGGGGGUGCGUUCACGUCAAUUUGAUACUUUUUCUAUGUAAAGAUGUUAAAACCAGUCCAGUGUAGUUAAAGGUAGCAAUAUUGUUGACUACAUACAAGAAUAGAGAAUAAUAUAAAUAUACAGUAUCUGAUAUCAUCUGUAAUUCGAAAGGAUUAUUUGGGUAAUAAGACAUAAAUAACUUUUUUUUUUACACCUUUAAAAUAAAGAUGUAGACUUUGGCUUUCUUUUUUUAAAAUUUGAAAUGUGUAAAUAUUGCUGACAAUCUAAUAUAUAGUUUAUAGGCUAUAAUUUACUAUUUAUUUUUGGACAUAAUAGUAGAUGAUGGAUGAUUUUGUUAUUGUUAUUGUAAAUAGGGCUGUCAAAUAGCUCCUAAUGAGGACAACUUAUUUAUUUUAUUGACAUGAUGUCAGUUAUGACAGUGUUAACCUGAACACACCACCAGUCCAGCACCAUAUCCUGUACGUCUUAAGGAUGUGUGGGUCCAUACUCAAAUCAAAAACAUCGAUAUUUUACAUAUUUUAGUCAUUUAGGCAUGACUGAUCAUAAAUGUGUGAAUUAAGACUUAUCAUGGUUUUUAUUAUUGUACUUUUUUUUAUUUUAAAUGAACAUUUUAUACGAUUUAUACUUCAGGUUUUAAAAUAAUACUGUGUUCUUUAUUCUAUGGUAUGGAAGUUUACCAGACAGUUGAAAUUGCACAAAGUAUCUGAUCGGUAUUGCCGAUCCGUCCAUUUUUUUAUACCGCGUAUCUAGAGGACAUAAUGAGAUAUAUACGUAUUAGCUCCAAGACAAGCAGGGUACAGUUACUAUGAUGCUAAGCUUUGUUUGGACCUUGUAACGCUCCUUCAUAAAUAAGUAUUCAUUUGGCUGGGAUGGUUUCUAAACGCCCCGUUUCAUGUGAACGCGGACUUGGUGCAAACCCGAAAACCAGACCUGACUAAGCUGAUUGCGGAUGGGUUUAAAUACUUUCACAUAAAUGAUGAGUCAUAAAUUUUGUAAUCAUUUGACAGCCCUGGUUGUAAAUUAAAUGUUUUGAAGCCGGACUUAGAACCUCCUUAGAACCCAACAGUCAGUUCUUGACCUUUUUUCACCAAGAUAUGACCCCGCAAGACUUUCUCCACCGUUGCCAUGGAUACAUGUGUAUUAUUCCUUGUUCCCAAAUGCUGUGUGUGAAUGCAUAAAGGUGAGCUUUAAUGACCAUGAGGAGUACCGUAUUUUCCGGACUAUAAGUCACACUUUUUUGGUAAUAGGUUGGCUGUUCCUGCGACUUAUACUCCAGAGCGACUUAUGUAUGUUUUUUUUCUGCCUAAUUAUGUAUUUUUGGCCUUGUGCGACUUAUACUCCGGAGCGACUUAUAGUCCAGAAAAUACAGUAAUAUACGUAUAUACUGUAUUUUCCGGACUAUAAGUCACACUUUUUUUCAUAAGUUGGCUGUUCCUGCGACUUAGGUAUGUUUUUUUCUACCUAAUUAUGCAUUUUUGGCCUUGUGCAACUUAUACUCCGGAGCGACUAGUCCAGAAAAUACGGUAAUAUAUAUACUGUAUUUUCCGGACUAUAAGU